CUAGCCAUGUUUGAGGUUGAACGUGUAAGUUGAUACAUAAAAAGUGACCGAAAACAGCACAGCCGAAGUGGUGAUUUUUAUCACUUCACUAUUUGGUAAACUCAGGUGGUUUUUUUUUUAUCGUGUUUUCUGGCAAGAUGGACCACAUUUUGAUGAGUAUUUGUGCGAUUGGAAACCUAAGCUGACAGAUUGUUUAUUCCCUGACUGGUUAUCAUGGUCAAGGUCUUGUUAACGACAGUGAGAUGCUUUCAGAGUGUGCUUCUGCCUUGACUUGCUCGUGUGAUAAGAACAGACACCAUUUAUAGCCGCAUAGAGAAAGAGAGAUUCUGUAGUCCAUUCUAUGACGGGGGUGUUACAAGAUGUCACGAGGGUCCAACAGACAUGUUCACUAUGACGAGGACGUCAUUGCCAAGAAGCUCCAUCGCAGCAGCAGGCGACAACGACGACGACGUCGUGUCAGCCGUCGUGCCAAGAUCUACGGCGCUGCUUUCCUGCUGGCACUCACCGGAUUCUUCUGCCUAGUUCCAGGGACAAGUCUUACGGUUGUCGCCUUCACAAACGGGACAAACUCACGGGAGAGCAUUUUGAAACUCUUGGGCCCAGUCUUCGGCGGGGUGGGUGUGUGCUUAGUAGGCAUAAGCAUCGGUUUGGUGUGCUAUGCGGUCAUCCAAAAACGCAGAUCACGCAAGAAUAAGGAACUCCGCCAUCUUGGAUACCAUCAGGACGUUGAUGAUAACGGGUACCAAGGAAGUUCCACCAAGGAUGUUACGUUGACUGCCGAGGUCCGCCUCCUUGAUGCAGAUAAAGAGAACAGCACUCUGAAACUUCAGCACAAGUUGGUUCCGAAUCACAUUAGUACCGGGAGUCUUCGUAAGGACGCACCUCACGGCGGGGAUGUGGUAUCUCCUUCAUCAACGGUCACUGUGGAUAUCAUACAACCACCGCCUUUAGUGACUGUCAGUAUGGCAGGGAAAGGGGAAACCGCGUCUGCUGUUGCUUUAGGCUCCCCUGAUGUUACGAAAGAAAGUUUUCAGACUGACUUGAGUUAUGAGAAUACAGCUGAAGUUUUCAGCAUGGCUAACAGCGUGUCUGCCGGUGGUGAAAGAGGCGGUGCAGCGGCUGCACUAGCAAUGUGAAUGAAGGAACUCAAGGAUCUGCCGAAAGAGAACACAACUUGUGUGCUUAUCAGAGCUCGGACACCAGACUGACUUUGUGCAUGGUGACAUUAGUGGCACAACUGUAAAAUAUGGAGAUCAACACGAUUUAUAAACCAAUUAUAACACAGCUUGGAAAGCGACUGACUUGAACUCAACGAACUGCGCCCAUUGGCCAAAAACAAAAUGGCGCCAAAUGGUACCGUUAGCACAUAGCGAUAUCAAAACAUGAUAUUAAACUGCACUUAUUCGUAUUUGAAGGUGAUGGUCGAAGGAGUAGAGUUUACAAACUUGUAAGGAACUCUCAACAUACUUGGUUGGUUGGAUGUAUUUAUACUAGUUUAUGCGCAUACGUGUCACACAAUCCACUACCCAACAAGGUAUGAGUCUAAAUAUUUUCGAAACCUGACUAUUCGUUCCUCCUUGCCUCGCGUUGGUGACAAACCGAUCAUGUACAUGAUACCAAAGACAGAUCAGUACCUCAAAAUGGCCGUCAAAAUCUCGUCCUAGUUGCAGACUUACGCUGCCCUUUGAUCUUCAUCAGGCUACGUCCAAUUAAACAAUGAUAACUCCAUUAUAACGACGUUAAGAGUGCGUUCGUCGUGGCAAAGCAGUGAUGCAACUAAUCUUGUCUUGAACGGUAGAGGCCGGCUGACCAAAUACGCGUAAUUCAAUAGAGUACCCUCUCUACAUUUUAGUUUAAAAAGGCCAGUUUGAUGGAAUCGAACUUAUGCUCUUUUUUAGCUGUUUUCAAGUACGGGUUCCAUGUUUGCAUACGAACCACUGUACUAGCAAGGUACGGGUUGAUGCAUGUACACGAUGUGGCUUUAAAAGUUGUUCUGCAUGCUCUGAUGAGAGUAUGUUCCUUAUUGCAUUGACUGCAUUUUAUUUAAUAAUUUACACUAUAAUUUUACACUAUCACAGAGAUGUUUUCAAAAUCAAUACAUAUACGAAACUUUGGUUUACUUUGGUUUCCUAUGUUUCAAGGUCAGGGGCAACGUUUCGGCACUGCCAAUCAAAGAUAAAUUCAUUAUAUAUUUAACAACAUGGAGUUUGUCAGUUAUGUAAACUGAAUUGGUAAUAUUCUCAACUUCACAACAGGUAUGCCAGUCUGCCGUAUUUCGUUUAGUAUCUAGAUGAAGAAAAAAACAACCAUAAUGUGAAGUGAAGCAAAAAGUGGGUUAAAAUGCAAACCGUCAAUUGAUAUCGGUAGAUCGGUCCGUCUUCUCGAAACACAGUGGAAUAUGUUUUUCUCUUAGAUCGCCCAAACGUUCAUAUUCAUUUGUAGGAUAACAUUGUAAUCCAUUUUCACGCGAUAAAAAGCAAGCCUCCCUUGAGAAACGUUAUCGCGCCUGAGAGCAGCAUAACUUAAAUAUGCUCCCUUUUCCUUUUGGCCCAUCAAGAUGAUACAUGCCCUGCACUCAAGCAUUCUGGUAAAAAUCUGUUGGAUAUUAUCUGAAGUAAAAAUACAGUGAUACUCCCUGUGGGAGACGUUUGCGUAAAAGGGUCCCGUGAGCUAGCCGUGCAUAGUGCGGAUGGGUCUGUCCGUCCGCUGUGUACGGGCACGUGGAGGUGCGCACAGAGGUACAUUGAAGCUAAGUUGGUAGAUUGCCAUGCACUAAAAAAUUCUGGUCAAAACUGCCAUAUCUGGAAUCGAAGGUAAAACAGUGACGUUUGCGUAAAAAAGAGUCACAUGACCUGUGCACUGUGCGGAUGGGCCUGUCCGUCCGCUGUGCGCGGUGCGGAUGGGCCUGUCCGUCCGCUGUGCCCGGGAACGUGGAGGGUGCACAGAUACCUUGAGAGUAUUAUUUUACCUGAACGAUGAUGAUUAUGGCGCAAUUCAAACGCGUGUGUAAAUUUACCCAUCUGUUGCCCGCCUUCGCUCGCGGGCGAAGCAAUAAAUGUCACGCGAACGGUCGUGUUCGGAAUUCAAGGUAGCGAAUAGUGUUGGGGGGGGGGCAGGCUAUCCAGAUUUCCCUAAAACUGUGAACGUUUUUUUUACGAUAGCCUGGCCGUUGUAUGCUCAGGCUUAGACGCAUGGUUAGUGAAUGAUAUUGAAGAGGGACAGGCCGUCAAGAGUUCCCAACAAAAUGUGCGCUUUUUCUACGAUACCCUAGCCAUUGUAUGCUCAGGUUGAGAUGGACGAUGCAUGUAAUGUAUUUACAUUUAAUCAAAGACGGAACACGAGAGGUGAAAUGCCGCAUGCAUGCAUUGGCCGAUAUAAAACUCAAGCCAACUCUCUGUAGAGGAGAGAACUGACUCGGGGUGAAAUGCAAACAGAUAAACGAUCAGGGCCCAAUUUCAUGGCUCUGCUUACCGCCGAAUUAUGUGCUUACGAUCACAAUAUUCACUGCUUACUGUGCAAGCGCCGAAUUUCUGUGUAAGCGUAGAAUGCAUAACGUGGAGUUCGCACAUGCACAACCCAAAAUUUGCCGAUAACCCGUGAAAUACGCUUGAUAAUUUGGAAGAAAACAUCCACUCAAACCGACAAAGUUUUUCAAAUACAUCCCUAAGUAUCGCACGCUUAUUAACUGGAACCGUGUACAAAAGAUAAUUGUUUAUUGUACUAUGAUAUGCCCUCGAUGCUUCAAUGCUAGAAUUAAAUUAUAUAUUCAGCAAAACAAAUAAUAAUUAUGUCCACUCAAAUAUUUAUAUUAUCAUCAUACGCAUAUGGAUACAAAUUAACAAGGCCUAGUUUCAUAAAUCUGUUAAAUGUUUAGCAGAAAAUACUUCUUCACAAAUAUCUUUGCUAAGCGAAAAAUGAGUGGUGCACCGGUCACAACAUUGUACACUAUAUGGAAUGUUGACUAGUAGCUUGUUGCUAUAAAACAAGCUUGCCCUGUGCUUAGCAGGUUUGUGUGCCUAACUGUACUGCUGCAUGAAAAUUAGGCCCAUGUCGCUUUGCGCAGUAUAUGAUAGGUUUACACUUUCAAAUUAGAAGUAAUCACUUCAUUUUCUGCUCUUAAAUCAUUCGACAAAUAGUUUUAGUCAUAACAUCUUCAUCAUCAUUGACCUCAGGUGCAUUUUCAUAAAUAUUACAGUAUCACUAUAAAGAAACAACGUCAUUUCAAAGUGAUAAGUUAUUCAAAAGCUCUGGUGAUAUUUACAUGAAAAAACAAAUUACAAACCAUCAUUAAAUCAGUGCUUUAUGAUCUUUAGGAGGUGAAUGCUAGAGAUUUACUCAUCAUACUCUUUUAUUUAUGUUAUUCAGUUUAAAAAGUGGAAAUGCCUUCUCGUGACCCGGGCAAAAACCGGGGGGUUAAAUUUACACAAUGGAAGUUGUCAUGCAAAUCAACAUUUUCAUCACAGAUUAGUUGUUUUUUGUGGGGGGUAACUUUUUACAUGCUAUCAGUACCAAUUUGUCCUGCAAAACACUUAACGAUGUGCAAUGAAAAAUUUUAGUUUUUAUUUUAUUAUUACAAACUAAUCGAUAAGUUUUUAACAAGCCAAAGAUGAUCAGCACGAUCACUUUUACUGAGUGUGAUUUUUGUACAAUUUGUUUGGUUCUUGAAAACUAGAUGUUUGUCAAACCACCCUUCAAAGCAAAACCACACUGAUGUACUUGCCCUUUAUUCCUGUAAUGCUAAUAUCAAAUUGAUCAGUGUAUCUUCUGGCGUCGGCACUUCAUCCAAUAUUGACACAUCCGUGUCUGGAAGACGUAAUGUGCGUAUUUAAUGUUACCGUACACGUUUUCAAAGCUACAACUUGCCGAACAAUGUUUUUCCCAACUUGAAAACAAGUACUUGUACAUCUUCAUCGUUAUGUCAACAAAUAUGCCUAGUCUGCCACUGAAAGUGUUAUUUUACAACAAGGAAGAUAAUAUUGCUGGUUUAUUUGUUUAUAGGAGAUCGAUAGUUUCAACCCAAGGGCCCAAGAAAUAACACCUCCGAUGCCUAAUGCGCUGGUGCUUAUUACCAUACACAACUACAAAUUCCAGCACAAAAACAUUUUUUUUUUCCAAGUAUGGUUUUUAAUCGUGUGUACAAUAAUAACAUCUGGAAAUUUUGUCGCGUUUUUUAGAUACCGUCGAAACUUCGAAGCAAAUUAUGUCCACGCAGGAAGAAAUUGAAUACACACUCAAAGCAUGGCAGCGUUGCUGUGGAAGUAACGCUGCUUAGAUUUUUUUUAUUUUUUUUAUUUCUUUCUUUUUUGGAAGGAGGGGGCAUGACAACUGAAGUUGGUGUUAGGGUUGGGAUAGGGUUUGGGUUGCGGUCCGGGUUGAGAGUAUAAUAGUCUAGCAUGCAAGAAGCUUGCAAGUAGCUUGUUCAGAGCAUUCAAAAGCCUUUACCGAUAUCGUCUUUUCAAAAGGAGUAUACGUUCUUCAGUGUUUUAAAAUGUGUAUUUAGAAGAUCAUGUUAACGAGUGUUGAUAAAACAAAAAGUGUCAACCUAUUGCAUCGGGUAAUAUAAUUCACAUUUAACUUUUCCCGUCCUGAAGCAACGUCCACACGCGUCUAUUUGAAAAACCUCGGUGCUCUUUUUAUGUGGCACAAUAUAAUUUCCAACCACGUGCAGUGUUUGCUUGUUUACCCGUUUCGCGCCAUGGGCAAACAAAAGCAUGCUCUCAAUAUCGGGGCACCGUGCAUGUGUAGAAUACUAACUAAAAACACUUAGGUAUAUCAUCCAGGGUUUGUGAUCGGGACAGACUAAAAUCACCAACGUGAAAGAUAGGCAGGUACUAACAUCUUGAGAAAUAUCUCUUUAGAUGAAAUACUAAGUUACGCAGCACCAUUCUUAAUUUUGAUUUGCCAAAGUCGUCGAAAUAAGCACAAACUGUUUCGUUGUUUCCGACAAUUCGUGACCACGUUAAGCUUGCAUUGAUACCGUUUUCACAAGUUGGUUGUAUAAAUCAUUAAACAAACAAAAAAAAAGGAGAGAAAAGGGGAUGCUCCUGUAAACAAAAUGAUGCUAUGCACCUUAACAACCCAAUACACAAUACAUUGCAUCCAGUUAAUUUUGAUCUUUAUGGAGUCACCUAUAGCUUUUCGAAAGAUGUAAAACACAAAGAACAAAGGAGGCACUGGGUUAAAAUCCAAUUUAAAAUCAUCAUUCAUGGACGAUAAGUAGUAAGUUGUUCACAUUCAACGCAAAUGAAUACCAAAAUCAGCACUUGGAUUGCCUGUUAAUAACUCUAUUAUAACACUUUCCGAUUAAAUAAGCCCAUUUCAGAUGGGACCUACGGGGCGCCAUACAAAGACCGAACAUUAUGAUUCGUGAAAAACAACUCCAAAUAAGGACACACUUUUCUAAUAAAAAUUGAACCGAAGAUACAUAAAUAUCUUAAAGGUCAUUAUUGGAUCAUUAAUCAUUUGAAAGCUUAAUUGAGUUCAUGCCACAGCAAUUUUUUAGAGGAAUGUUUCCGUCUGAAUUUUGGUAAAAACAGGUUUGUGACAUAUUUACAGUCCGAAUAUAUCAACGUUGCUUAAAGAUGCUAUGUCAGAUUUUUGGCCCCAAACAUAAAAAAUAGGUUUUUUUGAGUGAAUGGUAUUUCAAAG